AUCCGGUUCAAUUAGAGUAAUACUACAGCGUUGAAGCGGGAGGGGCCGAUUGGGGACAAAGCAAACCCAGAUGAUAGAACGGUUUCGUCUCCCCACAUAUUCCCAAUUUCACUCUCCCUAAUUCCAUCCCAAGGCUUUCCUAGUCAGGCUUCAGCACCUACUGGGUUCGACAACAGCAAAACACACAGGGUGGAUUUGUUUAGGCUCUCCCUGCUGCUUUGUUCCUCGAUGCUGUUGAUCCACCGUCCAUAGCUCUGACGUCUCACCGUGAGAAGAAAUCCAUAUUGAAACUCAAUCACAGACUUUUACAGAUUGAACAUCCCUUCAAGACAUAUAAAUAUCAAGUCGGGAAAUAUUCUUUGCUGUGCUAUUCUUCAUACUCUUGCACACCAUGCUUAAGAUCCCAGAACAUCAGGUUGCAGGUCACAAAGCGAGUGAUGGACUGCUUGGCCCUCUUAUAGAUGAUUCAGGGCGCUUUUACAAGCCUCUUCAAGGUGAUGAGCGUGGCUCUAGGGAGGUGGCCUUCUACACAUCCCUCUCAUCCAAUACAAGGGUUCCAGAUCACAUCAGAAAAUUCUUUCCCAUCUUCUAUGGCACUCAAAUCUUAGAGGCAUCUGAUGGAUCUGGAUUGCGUCCCCACCUUAUCAUGCAGGAUGUUGUCUCAGGUCACUUGCAUCCAUCCAUCAUGGACAUUAAGAUUGGUUCCAGAACAUGGUAUCCCCAAGCGCCUGAGGACUAUUUCCAGCGAUGCCUUAAGAAAGAUAGAGAAACCAGCAGCUUGUCGUUGGGUUUUAGGAUAUCAGGCUUGCAGGUGCACGGCAACAAGGAGUCAGGAUUCUGGAAACCUGAGAGGAAGGCUGUCCAGAAGCUUACUGCAGAUGAGGUUACAUUGGUUCUGAGAAAGUUUGUUUCUUCCAACUCUUCUGCUGAUCCAAAUUUGGUACCUGAUAGUUUGUUUGCAUCUAGUGUUUAUGGUGGUUCUACUGGGAUUUUGGCCCAGCUAUUAGAGCUGAAGGCAUGGUUUGAAGAUCAAACCAUCUACCACUUCAAUUCUUGUUCAGUUCUGAUUGUGUAUGAAAUGGAGUCGGUUCUAAAAGGAGGGAGUUCAGGUGCUGAAGUUAAACUUAUCGACUUUGCACACGUCGUGGAAGGCAAUGGCGUUAUUGAUCAUAACUUCUUGGGCGGGAUUUGUUCUUUGAUAAAGUUUAUAUCAGAGAUUCUUACCACUCCAUAAGAAUGCUUAACCAAAAUUUGUUUGCAGGACUCUGACAAGAGCUGUGUUUGCAAUGGGCCAGCAAAAGGGAGUGAACAGAGCAUUUACGACGCUUAAGGACUUGGGAUUACAUUACUUCUACUAGACGGGCUUUAAUUUUUUUCGCUGAGGUUGAUGAGACUGUCAGGGAAUUUGCAUCGACUUAUUGAAGAAAUUUUUCUGUGGAAUUCAUUUCAUAAUUGUAGUUUUGGCCAAGAAAGAAAUAAUCCAUGGACUUAAAAUCGCAUUUGGAUUUUAA